AAUACCGAUCGCAAAAUUAUCUCAGUUAUUAUGUAAUCAAUACACGAUAUAAUGGACAAAAACAACCUAUUUCGUAAAUUCACACCUUUACGAUACCGAAAACGAGACUGAAAACGUGAUACCGGAUCUGACGUCACAACCCAUCAUUGGCGGUUUUUUCACAGCAAGACGAGAGUACAAGAGAAGAAAAUAUUCGAAGAGAAAUGGCAAGUAAGAGUAAGGGACGCAUGUGUGUAGUUGCAGGAUGCAACAACAGACCCUCGGACACCGUUUCCGUCCAUGUUUUCCCUAAGGACGAGCGACAGAGAGCAGCAUGGACUCGAUUUGUGAGACUGACCCGUGCAGACUGGACAGGACCGUCACAGUAUACUGUUGUUUGUAGUGCACAUUUCACGGACGGAUGUUUCGAGGCUCAGUUUUCACUGAUGAGGGAAUUUGGAAUUCCUGCGAAAAAACGCCUCUGCCCUGGUGCGAUUCCAUCGCUUUAUCCGAAGAGGAAAGUGGACGACCUCAACCUUGCCUUCCUCUCUUCGCCCGAGCCUAAACCCAAGCGCCAGGCUGCCGCCAAGCUGGAGAAAAAUAGGAGGAGAGUAAAUGACCUAUCAGUAGAGGAAAUGAGAGUAACAUUACAAAGAGUUGUAAGAGAAAAUCCCGAGUACCUUUUCAACAUCUUGGAGGCAUCACAACAGCCCGGAGGGAGUGGAUAUUCUCCACCUGAAGAGCAGCCAUCUUGGUGUAUAUGUACUUUCUGCAGAGAAAUGCCUGCACAGAGAGAAAGGCUGUGUUGCCAGAGAAACCAAGAUGGCUGCAUCUCAAGACUUUCUGUAAGUUUCUGUCUGGUUUAUUAUCCAUAUGCUAUCAUCGGGUUACAAAAAGUUUUCUCUUUUGAUAAAGUCUUGUAUAAAUGUAUCUUUAUUGAAUGA